AUGUCCGACCGACGCGACUCGCUGUCGACCAAUGUGUCGCUAUUACAGCUCGACCCAUCGCCCAUAGAUUCCCCCGAAGUCGAGCGCCCAGUUCCACUGCUUGAAGAUGAAUCCUCUGAAGACCUAGAGAGCUCGAGCGCCUCACUACCCUCGAAAGGCUCAGCUUCAGCCCCUGGCCUUAGUGGCUCAGGACGUGGCUCCAUCUACUACCUGACACGCGUACAAAAGUACUCGUCGUAUGCGAUGAACACCUUCUUUGCCCUCCAUAUUACAAAUGUCUCGAUUCUCCCAGCGAUAACAGGGUCCGCCGACGCCUCGGAGACAUACCUCCUCAUGACGCGCGAAAUCUACCAGACCGCAAUCACGGAGCCGCUCCUUGUCGCCCUACCUGCGAUCCUACACAUCGGUUCCGGCAUAGCAUUGCGUCUGGUACGCAGAUCGCAGAACGUGCAACGAUACGGGACGACAACCCCAGGCUUCUGGGCCGUGGGAAGCCACAGGAAACGCAUGAGCCCCUGGCCAGAGAUGAGCUACAUCUCAUUAUCAGGGUACGCCUUGAGCUUCUUCUACUCGGCGCACGUGCUUGUGAACCGCAUCCUGCCGCUGGCCGUGGAGGGCGACAGCUCAAAUAUUGGACUCGCGUACGUCGCACAUGGUUUUGCCAGAAGUCCCUGGAUAUCAGGUAUUGGCUACGCCGGCCUGAUCGGCUUGAGCGCGGGCCACAUUGUCUGGGGCUCGGCCAAGUGGCUGAAUCUCGCACCCUCCACCCGGGGUUGGUUACAGAGGCGGAAUGGAAUAGAGGCGUCGGCUGUUGUAGACAAGAAGACCCGCAAGGAGAGGCGGCGCAAGUGGCUCGCUGUGCAAGGCGUGGCGGCGCUUGUAGCUGGCCUCUGGGCUGUCGGGGGCCUGGGUGUUGUUGCCAGAGCGGGCGCCAGCGAUGGUUGGAUUGGGAAACUGUACGAUGGCAUGUUCAUGAGGAUCGGUGUGUGA